AGAUAUAUAUUAGACAAAUGCAGCAGACAGGAUCAGGGCUCAUUAAGAGUUCACUGCUGGUUCAGCUGUACAUUAUAUUUCAGCAUGUCUUUGUGAGGUCAUGUGUUUGUGAUUGUUUCUUAAUUACAGGUCCAAAAGGUGUAAUUAAUGACUGGCGAAGGUUUAAGUUGGACAGUGUGGAUCAGACGGUCCCUCAAAACAAGAGAGAGCUACUGAGACAAAUGUCCACUCCCCGAGAGGAUGACAAGGAAAGAGUCAACAGAAAGAUGAGCGUUCAGGAGUAUGAACUGAUCCAAGAAGAGGAUGAGCGCUGUCUGAAACGCUACAGAAAACAGUGUAUGCAGGAAAUGCAUGAGCGCCUGAGCUUCGGACCCAAGUUUGAGGCAGUGCAUGAGCUCGAGAGUGGAGAAGCCUUCCUGGAGGUCAUAGAGAAGGAACAUCGGCUGACUUUGGUGGUAGUCCACAUCUACGAGCACGGUGUCAAAGGCUGUGAGCAGUUGAACUCAUGUCUGGACUGUCUGGCUUCAGAGUACUCCAGCGUUAAAUUCUGUCGCAUUGAUGCUGUGGCGACAGGUGCUGCUGAGCGCUUCUCCUCUGAGGUUCUUCCUGCUCUGCUGGUGUACAAGGCCGGUGAGCUACUGGGUAAUUUCCUGUCUGUUACCAAACACCUCAGUGAGGAGUUCUUUGCAACGGAUGUGGAGGCGUUUCUCAAUGAAUAUGGCCUCUUGCCUGAAAAGGACUUCACAGCAUGUGCUGAAGAUGAAGAUGAGGGAGGGGAUGUAGAAUAAAAGGAGAGGGAAAGAGACGGGAGAAAAGAGAAAAGGAUGAUAAUUGGGAAAAAGAGAAAAAAAGAGGAACUGUAGUAGAAUAAAAAGCUAGGAACCCAAAACAGGAGAGAGAGAGAGGAAACAGGAAGAGGAGGUAUAAGAGUGAAGGAGAAAAGGCAAGGACAGCUGAGGAGAGGAAGUCAGGGAAGAAGUGGAGGAAGACAGAGGGACCUUCCAAUAAGGAAACACACACACACACACACACACACACACACUCACGGACAGAGAACACAGACAAUAGUAAAUAUCCAGUGGCACAUACUGACUGUGGAUUGUGUCUAGAAACAGUUAGCAGUAAAUCACAUGCUGAUUUGAACGUCUGUACUGAAACACUGUUAUAUGUAUCCUAGCUCUCUGAUUAAAGAUGUUUACCACAGUGCUCUGUUUUUGUGUCUGACUGUGUAGAUGACUAUAGGUCGGAAAAAACCCUCAAGGUACAUUGGUCAGAUCCUAUGAUAUGAUACUGCAGCCAUUAUCACUUCAAUCUAAACGCACUCU